GACUUAAGAGGUGAGUGGUAGUUUUAUGGACAACAUGGGAAAUCACCAAUUUAUUUGUGAGAGUAUACAAUGAUGUUCUUUUCUUUCUGGUGUGGAUAGAUAGAAUAGAUAGGGUGUGGGAAAUAAGAACAGCAACUUCUCUUUACUGUGUGUGAAAAAAAUGGCCACACUCACACUUUUAUCAUCUCUGUCUCUGCGCUCUUCUUCUUCUUCUUCUUCUUCUUCUUUUACACUCUCUUCUUCUUUUUCUUCUCCCUCCUCCUUUGCCUUUUUUUGUAGCUUCCCCUUGCGCUCUGCCACUUCAUCAUUGAAGGUACAAACAAUUCAGAAGAAGAAGCGCGUGGUGAAGGCAGUGGAAGAAGAUACCCAGCAAGAACUCAACGCUGCUGAUGACUCUGAACAACCAUCAACCUCCGAAGCACCACCCGUUGUGGUUCCCGUUUCCCCAUCAGAUACUCUCACCAUGUUCUUUCAGGCAGAGGGAACAGUGAGUGAAACAGCUAUUCCAGCUUUGACCAAAGCUUUAGAGGAGACAGAAGGUGUUACAGAUUUGAAGGUUCAGCUUGCUGAAGGACUUGCAAUUUUAGAGUUGAAGAAGCAGACAACAGUCCAAGCUACAGGAGUGGCUUCUAGUCUUGUAGAAACCAUACAAGGUUCAGGCUUUAAAUUACAGACAUUAAAUCUGAGUUUUGAGGAUGAAGAAGUUGCAGUUGCCUAGAUUAAAUGUACUGGUGUAAUAACAAUAGUUUGAGGGAGGUAAAAAAAAGGGUUUAAAGAACUUGCCUUUCACACUUUUUUGACUAGAGCCUCCAACAAUCAUUUUGGUUUGUAUAGGGCUGACUGAGGGUAUUGGUUAUUAUUGUUGUUGUUCUUGUUAUCAUUAUUGUUAUUAUUUCCUGAAAAAAGUGAGAUUAUUUGAUGAUGAAAGCCUUCAAUUGAUAAAAAUGUGAGAUUAGGACCA